AUGACGGCACAGAGCGCAUUCGAGAGGCUGAAACCUCUGUGUAUCGCUAUCACGAAGGGGCAAACGAAGGAAAACAUGCGAAGAUUGAAUAGCGAACUGGAUAGCAUCAACAAUGACGAUCUUCAACGAUUACAAGAAUAUUUACUGUUCCCACUCAGGAUUGUAAUUAAGAUGGCGCCCACUGCAUCUCAAGAUACAAGUGAAGAAGCCUUAAGAUGUAUGACUAAAGUUAUCAACAAAACAACAAUUACAAACAAGGAACUGUUCACUGAUUUGUUCACUCAACUUGUCAUAAUAAUCAGCUCACCGGUUAACUAUGGACAAGUCAACCAGACAUCAGAAGAACUGAAACUCUCUGUAGUUUUCUGUCUCAGGGCGUUAAUAAAGCAGGCAAAUGAAAGUGUUAUGGAUGUUGUCUAUGCUGAUAAUUUUAUGCCAGCUUUGGGCCACUGUAUUUCUAUUUUACUAUCAAUAGCGGAGCAUGAACAACUGAAAGAAUUACGAAUAGAAUCCAUGUUGUGUCUGCUGGAUCUCAUCCAGUACAAAGACACAAACUUAGAUGGUUUUGGAUCACAUCCUCUCAUCUCUGGUACAUUCUCAUCGUUCCUGCCCGGUAUCACCAUGGCGAUAUGCAGGAUAAUUACAGGAUAUCCAAAACAGGGACAGUCUGUUAUCAUUAAUGCCAUAAAUGUUUGGUCAAAAUUUGUUGCUAUGGUGAUGAAUGAUGCAGUUUUACAAAACCUGUUGUCAAGCAACCAACUAUUUCCAGAUGAGAAGCGACAAACUGAUGAAGGUGGCAAGUCCGAGGAUACAAAUAGUGAUGGAGCUUCGGAGCGUGGCAAGAAACUACGAAUUGUGAGAAAUGAAGAAUGGGUAAAAAACACCAGCAAAAAACUGAACAUACUUAUUAAUAAAAUUGUGAUUUUGAGGACUCAUAUCAGUUGGAAAGUAAGGAUUGCUAUGGUGGAGUUUGCUGAGCGAUUAUUACUUAAUUGUACAAGAUCUUUGUCAGAUAGUGUGUCAUCACAGCUGGAAAUUUUAGUGGGAUUGGUCGGUGAUGACUAUGCCCAAGUCUCUACAGCGAGUCAACAAGCUUUGGAUAGGUACUCCAGGUCCCAUUUACAAACCAAUUCUAAAACAUUGGUUGAAAUUUUAGAAGAAAAUUUACAUACACUGAUGACAUCACUGCCAAGGUUAAUCAGGACAGCCGAUGAUUCGCAGAAGUUAUCAACAUUGAAUUUAGUUCUUGGAUACCUCAAAUUAUUGGGAUUAUUGACAAUGACAAUAGUUCUCUUUGUAGGCGAUAAAGUGAAUUCAUUAUUGUACUCGGCGUCACAUUUAAGGAGAUUAUCGACCGCUUUGAUUCAAGUGUUGGAGUUAGAUACAAGUGAUAUCAAGAUAGUGGAAGAAAAGACACCUUUUUCAGAUUUGCCUGUUCAUACUGGAAUGUCAGACUCUAGUCUCGAUGUUGUGGAUCGUACAGUCAGUCACCAUUAUCCAGGCAGAAGAACUAAGUAUUUUAAGCAUUUCAGAGAUGAGAGAAUAUUUGAGAUUUUAAUGCAGAUUUGUAGACUUUUAGGUUUCCAUGGUAAUAUUCAGCUGCUAACCGACCAUUUUGUGGAUAAAUUCAGAGAGUCAAAUACAGUCAGAAAACAAGUCACUUUAAUCAUCAAUGAAAUUCUACUUGGGACUAUAGGUGAUGAUGUCACUGCUUCAUGUGAUGAUGUCACUACUUCUUGUGAUGAUGUCACUGAUUCAUGUGAUGAUGUCACUGCUUCAUGUGAUGAUGUCACUACUCCAUCCAGGGAUUCCAGGGACAAAAGGAACUUGGAGAGCAUAGUCAGGUCUUUGCUUGAGGAGUAUAUUUCGCCAUCCAACUGGCGCCUAGUGACCAGUAGCCAAUCAGAAGUUGCCUCAUCAAGAAAGAGUGUGUCUGAUAGGCUGUUAGUCUUAUCACAGAAGACAAAUCAACUAUCAUUGGGUACUUUGAAUAGUAACAUACUUCAGAUAUGUCUCUUAUUAGAAGGUGUUGGUGUCUUCGCAAAGGUUCUUGGCAGCAACUUUAAUGUACUUCUGAUUGAUUCACUGUAUCCCGUGAUGGAGAAACUGGGAGACGAGACUGCUGUUAUAAGUCAAACAGCCUACUUGUGUCUGAUUGCUAUUUGCAAAAGCUGUGCAUAUAGUUCUAUAGAAGAUUUGAUUUGUAAGAACUGUGAUUAUUUGAUUGAUGUCAUAUCCCAUAAUUUAAGACAUCUUGAUUGGUUUCCUAAGUCACCUGAUGUCUUAAAAGUCAUGUUGCAGUAUGGCAAUGCGGAUGUAUUACCACUUACACAAGACAUCAUUGAUGAAUUAAAAGAAAAUGUUGAAGAUAAAAAAGAGAGUUUUACGUCUGUUGCCAGUUUUUUUCUGGAAUAUCAGAAACAGAAGAAAACUGCAAGAGGAGAAGUUAGUGAUGAAGAAGAUAAUGAUGAUGGUAGUCAUGACAACAAUGAUGGUGGUUGCCCAGAAAAAGAUGAAACAGUUGAUGAAGAUGAUUUCUCUAAACCAGAUGUCAAACCUGAACAACCUUUACACAUCAGGGUAGUUUUGCAGGUUUUACAGAAGUGUGUACAUUUCUUGAGUGAUAACAAUCCCAGGAUUCGCUUACUGGUACUUGAAAUUGUUAAAAAUUCUGUCUUGGCUCUCCAGAACCACCAAGAUGAUCUACUUCCAUUAGUCCAUCAAAUAUGGCCACCAAUGAUCCAAAGAUUUGUUGACAACGAACAGCUUGUAACAAUACAGGCAUUUCACACACUUUGUGUAAUGGGCUCAAUAUGCGGCGACUUUAUAAGACGACGAGUGGUCAAAGAUAUCUGGCCUAAAUUGAUUGCAUUUCUCAACAGCCAAUCAGCUAUCAGUCUAAAAUCAGGACCAGCAUACAAGCACACUGUUGGAUACAAAAAACAACUGGCGUUUCUGAAUGGAAUUGGUAAACUCUCUGAAAUGGCAGCAUCGUGUACAUUUCAAAGUUUUAUCAAUAUAGAACCGGACAUGACAUGGUUGGUAUUAAAUGAUAUUUACACUCCGAUAAAUACGCUAAAACCACCAUGUCAAGGAUUUUCAGAGAUUAAGUUUGCAGGUUCAAAUUCCCAAGAUAGUGAAUUUGCUGAAAAUGUUGGAAUACUCUUAAAAAAACUCUAG